GGCUAUUACGCAGUGAUCUACUAUGUAUGAAUCCAGAGGCUCGAUCAGCCAUUAGGUAAACUCGAGGCAAGUAGUGGAGACGGUUAGGCCGGUAGUUGUUUAGUUACCUUAGAUCAGGGUCCACAAGGCUGUCAACACGAACAACUCGAAGAGGAGACAUGCUGCUUUUCAGGUAACGUUUCAGCUCAAAUUGGGCCAAUCAUUGUACCUUAAGGAGCUCAUUAUGGACAUCUCCUAGGACCUCUUUGGUUCUUCCUGCCCGCGUUCUAUGCUGUUCCCGGUCAAGCGUCUCGUAUUUUCCCCAUAAGAGAAUAGCUGGGAUAGCUACCAGUCCAAAGGGGAAAUAUCCGAAACGGGAAAGGUUCAUACGGGCUUGAGGGUCCAUAGGGCUACGGAACUCAUGCUGAAUUCAUGCAAUGGACGUUGAUCGUAUCGUGACAGUUAGUAUAGCUAUUAUCCCUUCCUGGAGAUGUCAUUUUCACUGGAGUCGGUUGCCGACAAAGGGUUAUAAAAGAAGUAGACUCCCACGGGUCUUCAGUUUGCCCUUUCGUUCCUCAUCAGACAAUCCAAGCCAUCAAUUAUCUAAUCAACUCGCUCAUCUGCUACACCUUCCACUUCCAAACUUCCAAACUCAACUCCAACUCCAACUCAACCAUCAAGAUGCGUUUCACUACUGCUGUUGCUGCCCUUUUCUUCGGCACCACCGCCAUGGCUACUCCUCAGGAUACCCAGCUCAACUCUGAGGAUGUUUCCAUCACCAACUUCUCCGUCCACAAGGCCGGUGCCAACGGCUCCUCCGCCGGUACUGUUGACGGCGUCUCCUUCAAGCUGAGCGGCAAGGACGCCAAGGAUCUCAGCUGCUCGGCCACCGCCAAGGACGUCACCAACGGUCUUCCCACCGACGUCAUCACCUGCGGCGACUCCAAGUACCGCUUUGAGCUCCUCGCUGGCUCUGACGCCUCGACCUUCACCCUCCGUGUCUACCACGAGCUCGGACUUGCGUAAGUGUUUUCUUCGACUUGAUGAAAACCAAGGUUACAGUAAAAAGCUAACAAUCUCGAAAUAGUUUCGGCUUCUCCGGCCACGGGGACAUCCCUACCUACUGCCACUCCGGCGGCCUCGACACCCUGGUCUGCAGCCAGGUCCAGUCCCCCGUCACCAUCCACAUCGACAGCCUUCCCCAGUAAAGGACGUCGUUAUGAUCAUGUUCGGAGGAUGAUGUUAAUAACUAGGGUACUUGAGGGGGUGGGAAGUAUGAAGUAUGAAGGAAAACCUUAGCGUUCGUUUAUAAAUAGGUUAGAUAGGUACUUAAUGCAUUUAGAGAUAGUUUAGCACAGGAAUUUAUGGGAUUUUGCUGCAAGCUUUUUUUUUUUCCCCUCUCUUUUAUACAUGGCCUUGGAAGUGGUCAAAUCGCCCAGAAUGCUCCAACAUUGUAUCAGCAAUUAACUUAGAGCAGCUCCCGUAAAUUUAUAUCGUGUGUUGAUUAGUCCCACGUUAUACGCGAAUAUGAAUCUGGGUUAAAUAGUUCGGAUACUCAACCAAUUCGCUACGCGGUUAUGUUAGGAUCUGCUCCAGGCGUUGAAGCUUGUAUUGCAUAUACGGCUUUCACAGACCCAGUCCAUUGGCAUCACAAGGGGUCGCCGCUGAGUACCUGUAUAAUUUCAACCAGUGCUUCUAGAUCGUGGGUUAGGCUGAGUAAAUGCGAAGAAGUUGAAGAUGUGGUAAAUUGAUGUUGUAUUU